GCGGCGGCCGACUGCGAAGCGUGCGAUUGGUCCGCUCGCUCAGCCUUGACCAAUCAGAGGCCGGCGAUCGCCUAUCCGCGCUGGGGAAUACAGCGGCAAUGUCGGCCCCGUUCUGCGACCGGUUGGCGGGGCGGAGUCAGGCGAGGUUGGGGUGGGGAGCGACUUGCCGAUAAAUUUAUUUAAAAAAAUAAUAAUGAAACUCUAACACUGCGAGCGUCGGGUCCAAAGCUCCCCCGGGAAGCGUCGCGUGUCCUUACUUAGAUUCAUGUGUUUUUUUUGUUUGAGGUAGACUAUGAGCUGGUGGAAGCGAGCGUGUGGGUCCUCCCGCGGCCUAGUGGAGCUUUAGGCGUUGCCUGGACUCCCUGCGGGGAUUAGCGACUCCUGGACCGGCAGGCGAAGUCGUAGCCGCUGCCACUCCCUACAACUUUCGUCUCCGUCUCUCUCCCCUCUUUGUCUCGUCGUCGUCCUCCCUCCCCCCGCUUUGCUCGUCAUGACGGCGACUGUGUUCUUCGGGUGCGCCUUCAUCGCGUUCGGACCGGCGUUCGCGCUCUUCGUGUUCACGAUAGCGAGAGACCCGCUCCGAGUCAUCGUCCUCAUCGCAGGGGCGUUUUUUUGGUUGGUGUCGCUCCUGAUGUCCUCCCUGCUGUGGUUCAUCGCUUACCAGCUCAGUGACAAGACCAACGAGGGGCUACAGCGAGGCCUGCUUAUUAUGGGCGUCCUUUUUUCCAUCGCCAUGCAGGAAACUUUCCGCUACGGGUACUUCCGUCUGCUGAAGAAGGCUAAUGAAGGGCUAGCAUCUCUUGGUGAAGAGAGCAUGGCCCCCAUAUCCAUCCGACAGAUGGCCUAUGUGUCUGGCCUGGGCUUCGGCAUGAUGAGCGGUGCGUUUUCUGGCGUGAACAUCCUUGCCGAGUCUCUGGGGCCCGGGACGGUAGGAAUCCACGGGGACUCUGCGCACUACUUCCUCUCAUCAGCCUUCAUGACCAUGGCCAUGGUGCUCCUGCACACUGCCUGGGGUGUGGUCUUCUUCCAGUCCUGCGACAGGAAACACUGGUGGGGAGUGGCUGCGGUUGUUUUAAGUCACGUCUUCGUCUCCUCACUGACGUUCGCGAAUCCCAAUUACGAGGCGAGCUUGAUACCGGCCUACCUCAUGAUGGCCGCCUUCGGCACGUGGGCUUACUUCACGUCCGGCGGCUCGCUGAGGAACAUCAAGAGCUUUGUGACGUGCAAGAGCUCUGAGUAUCUGCUGGCCAGCCACCGCCAAAGAUAGGGCUGCCUGCCCCUCGGCGUGCGAUUCAGCAUGCGUGGCUGUGUUCGUGGACGUGCAAAUAUGCGUGUAUUUUGGGGUGAAAUGCUGUCGAUCCAGGAGUGUGUGUGGAGCACGGGGAGCUGCGACUCAUCCCACUGAGGCUUUGCCUCUCAGUCAUAAUAAUUCAAAUAGAACUGCAUGUGGACAGUGCCAUAGCAGUAGCUGCUCCUGUUGUCUUCACAUUUAUUAAUUUGAGGUUAUUGUGUAGCUACACACGUAGGUCAUACGUUGUCACAAGCUCUCCAAUUCUAUUUUAAAGGUUCAUGAAUGAGAGGAAAUAUUUGAAAAAUUGCAGCUGCGCGACUUGCAGAUGCACCGCCGUGUCGGCCUCUUGUGAUGUCCCCACCACGUUUGUUUUUUUUUCAACGGCGAGGUUCCUGUUCCUCGGCUACUUGACGUUGUGCACUGCAUGGUGGGCGUCGCUUCAUCUUCGCAUGAAGAGCUCAGUGUCUGAAGCCACAAUGGCAGCACAACGUCUUGCAGCCGGGAGCUGGGAUUUCGGAGAUAAAACAUUUUUUCAUUCAAAGAAGCCAAAUUAAUCUGCACACGUUUCUGUGAAACAUUGUUUUGAAAAUGUAGCGAAAUAGCACUCAAUUGUUUUUGGGUUACAUUUUCCUUUGAAAGUCCAUGAAAAAAUCUACAAUUUUUUUUACCAAUUGUGUUUCCUGGCCACUUGUCAUCUUAUGGUCUGGAUGCACAUUCGAGAAAUAACUUUUAAAGUCCAGUGCAAAGAAGCUGCAGCUUAUCCUUCAAUAAUCAUUCUUUUUUUGUUUCUAGAAAAUACCUGUAUCCUGGUUGAGUGGCAAGGUUGUCGUUGGUAUAGUGUGUUAAGCUCUGCUCUUGAUGCUGAUUAAGAUGUUGAACAGGACACCGAGCAAUACAUCUUAGAGGUUCACUCAAUGGCAAUUUCUUGGAAGUUCAUGUGUCGCAUCGUUUGAUUUGUGGGGGGGGGGGGGGGGGUUAAAGGGAGAAGUAAUGGAGGAGAAAGCAAUCUCCCUCAUUCUGUCUGCCCACAUCUCUCUUUGUCACUCACAGUGGGAUUUUUGAGUGUGCCCCAAAAGGAUGUUUGCUGGCGCCUGGCACUGUGUGCUUGCAUGUGUGUUUGUGAAUGUGUGUCGGAUGCAUUUAUAUGUAAAUCCCUCUUUCCCCAUGGAGCAAUAUUAUUUUGGUAUUUAUUUACUCAUGGUAGAUUUUCAGCUACACUUUUUAGAUUUACCCAAUUCUGCCCUCAUUAACUGCCAUUAUUUCCAGCGAACGAUCAUCCUGCACUGUAUCAGUCAACACGUGCGUCAUGUGUAUUGAUCAAGUUGCAUUAAGUGUGACGGACCGGUAAACCUGAAAAGCUGCCCAUUGUGGGGGACUGAAGAGUUAACUUAUUUGAC